AUGUUUAACACGGGAAAUUCGUACUAGCUUUAUAGGGAAGCUAAGUAGGAGAGGGUGAAAAUACCUUGAAAGUCAACUUGCCUCUAUGCCUUAGCCCUCUGGCGUCAAACCCUCAGUCCUUCGAUCAAGGAGUGAAGCUUAGCGCUUACAGGACUAGCUGGCAUUCGCUUCAAGUCUCUUUAUAUUUAUAUAAAAAAUUCUUUCAAAUUCUUUUAUUUGGUCUUAAAUCUACCUUUCUACAAUAAAAGAUUUUAGUUGAAGUGCAUAAGAACGCUCUGCGAUCAUAUCCUAAAGGUAUCCAACAUCAACAUGGCUGCGGCUCUAGCCGGAGAUGAUCUGUCAAGAACGUGGAGCAGUCGGCGGAGCUGGGUGGGUUCCACCAGUUUCCGGGACGCAUGGAAUGCUCCAUCGAAUGUGUUCAACCAGAGUGGAAGAGAGGGUAAUGAUGACGAAGAAGAGCUCAGGUGGGCUGCAAUCGAACGUUUACCCACGUUUGAUCGGCUGAAGAAAGGGAUGAUAAGACAAGUUCUUGAUAAUGGAAAGGUGGUUCACGGUGAAGUAGAUGUUACUAAGCUUGGAAUGCAAGAAAAAAGAGUGUUAAUGGAGAAUAUAUUGAAGGCCGUUGAAGAAGAUAAUGAAAACUUUCUUAAAAGACUUAGAGAAAGAAUCGAUAGAGUGGGAAUUGAGAUUCCAAAGAUUGAAGUUCGAUAUGAACAAUUAUCAGUAGAAGGAGAUGUCUAUGUAGGAAGUAGAGCACUUCCUUCUUUGCUUAAUGUUGCAUUGAACACAAUAGAGAGUGCUCUUGGAUUGCUUCGACUCGUCCCAUCAAAAAAGAGAAAAAUACAGAUCCUUAAUAGGGUUAGUGGCAUUGUCAAACCAUCGAGGAUGACACUUCUUCUGGGUGCUCCGGCUGCCGGCAAAACCACACUGUUGCUGGCACUUGCAGGGAAGCUUGACAGAGAUUUAAGGGUCAGUCUUUUUGUCCACCAAUUUCAGGAUGAACGUAAAACUUGAUUCAACA